AUGUCCUCCUUCUCGGAGUCGGCGCUGGAGAAGAAGCUGUCGGAGCUGAGCAACUCGCAGCAGAGCGUCCAGACGCUCUCGCUGUGGCUCAUCCACCACCGCAAGCACGCAGGGCCCAUCGUCUCCGUUUGGCACCGGGAGCUCCGCAAAGCCAAAUCCAGUCGGAAGCUCACCUUCCUCUACCUAGCAAACGAUGUCAUCCAGAACAGCAAGAGGAAAGGUCCUGAGUUCACCAGGGAGUUUGAGUCAGUCCUUGUGGAUGCUUUCUCUCACGUUGCCAGAGAAGCAGAUGAGGGCUGCAAGAAGCCCUUGGAAAGAUUGCUUAACAUCUGGCAGGAAAGGAGUGUGUAUGGCAGUGAGUUCAUCCAGCAGCUCAAGCUCUCCAUGGAGGACUCCAACAGCCCCCAGACUAAAGUUGCAGAGGAGAAGAAGUCCCUCAAGAGGACUUUCCAGCAGAUACAGGAGGAGGAGGAUGAUGACUACCCUGGGAGCUACUCCCCACAAGACCCCAGCGCUGGGCCGCUGCUGACUGAGGACCUGAUCAAAGCCCUGCAGGACCUGGAGAACGCAGCGUCGGGAGACGCAACCGUGCGGCAGAAAAUCGCCUCCCUGCCUCAGGAGGUCCAGGACGUGUCCCUGCUGGAGAAGAUCACAGACAAGGAGGCGGCCGAGCGGCUCUCCAAGACGGUGGACGAGGCCUGCCUGCUGCUGGCGGAGUACAACGGGCGGCUGGCGGCCGAGCUGGAGGACCGGCGGCAGCUGGCGCGGAUGCUGAUCGAGUACACGCAGAGCCAGAAGGAUGUGCUGACGGAGAAGGAGAAGAAGCUGGAGGAGUACAAGCAGAAGCUUGCCCGGGUGACCCAGGUCCGCAAGGAGCUCAAAUCCCACAUCCAGAGCCUCCCAGACCUGUCCCUGCUGCCCAACGUCACGGGGGGGCUGGCACCUCUGCCAUCUGCUGGUGACCUCUUCUCCACAGACUAAAUGUUGCUGUGUCCUCUGUUUCCACUGUUAACCAGCAGAAGGAAGAAGACGACUCUGGACUUGACUGGGAAUCCAGUCUUCCAAGAUCUCCAGUAGGAAGGAACCUGCAGACCCUGCUUUCAACCUCUGCCUGCCCCCUGCUCGCCUUCUCUGCUCACACUGAGGGGAGGAAGAGGAGCUCAGGAGGGAGUGGGGAUGGGCCAGGGAGGCAAACUUCCCUCCUCCUUGUCCAUACUCUUUAGUUGCUGUUUGCUCUUAGCACUUGUCACCCCCCGAGGCUGUGACACUCGUGUACCCCUGCAAGCCUUCAGAGCAAGGCUGCCUGUAGAGCCCCUGCCCUCUGUGCAAGUCUUGUGUCCUUUCUGAGUCCUGUCUGCUGAACCUCAUCUCUUGGAGCUGGAGAGUGGCUGCUGGGUGCUGUGUGGGUGGCAGGCACCGUGCCAGGUCAGUGUGGGAAGGUGGCACUGACUGAGCAAAGGCCACAGAGUUCCUGCUGCUGCCCUGGGGCUGACCCCAGGCAGUACCAAGGAGCAGCUUUCCUGUGUGAACCUGAGCUUCAGGAUUCACUCUGCUGAGCCAUGCAGAGCUGGGUAUCACCUCAAGGAGAGGGGAAGUCAGUGUUCUUCCAGCUGCCCUGGAAUUGCACCACGUUUUCCUUCCCCUCUUGCUUACCCAGAAUCAGGUGGGUGACAGAGGCUGAGAGCUUGGCAAGGUGCACUGCAGCUGGUGCCAGCCCUGGGACAGGCUGACUCUUGGGCUGUUGGAGCCAAAUGUUGGAAAAUGCUGUCCUCUAAAUUCCCUCCUAGCUCCAGUGAAGUUCCAUGUGGCACCACCAUUGCUUUAUGGAGCAAGCAGCCUCAUGUAUGCAUGGAGAGAGCAGGAGGAUGCUCCUCACUCUGUCACAAAUCAUUGGAAGUUGAUUUCUUUUUAAAUCAUCAGGAAAAGUCAAAAGGUAACAAAACAAAACAAAAAAGGCCAACUAAAGAGCCUCUGAAUUCCAUUCUGCUGCUGGCUGCUGUCCAGCUGCUGUGGUUGUGGUUUAGGUUUCAGUUUGUCUUGGGUCUAAUACUCUUGGACUCUGAUCACUGCAAACCAUUCCAGUUGGGAUAACAAACUGAGGUCACAUUCAGCACCUCUCCCAGCAGAGGUUUCUGGAAACACUUGGGCUGACCACAGAGGCUUUGUGGUGCUGGGUUUUGUGGUGCUGGCUUUGUGUCUCCCCUAGAGUCUUGAGCUGCUGCUGCUGGCAGAGACAGGAGGGGAAACCUUCCCUCUCAGAAUGCAAAGCUGCUUGUGUGUCCUUGCAGGCUGUUCAGCAGCCUGCUCUCUGUUCACUUCAACCCAAAAUGCAACAUCUUUGGGGCACUGGGAAGCUCCCCUCCUUUCCUCCCUGGCACUGGAGGUUGUCCCUCUUUCAAAGCUCCUCGCCCCCACUUCCUGCCCAGCCAAAGUUAAUUUUAUUAUUUUUUUCUUUUCUCUUCAGUUUACAGGAAAUCUUGCAGUGCAGAGCUGCUCUUUCCAUGGCUUGCUCUGACACAGCCUUUUAUGGUCCAAACUUUGUUUAGCUCCAGCACUCUACAUUC